CUUCCAAGUUCAUUCUGGUGACAGCGGGGAUGACCUGGCACGAGGCCAGGACAUACUGUAGAUCCAAGUACACCGACCUUGCCAGCGCAAGGAACGUGUCCGAGAACAAGGACAUCCGCUCGGUGGUGACAGAUUCUAACUGGAUUGGCCUCCACAGGGACACCUGGGCUUACUGGUCCAACCAGAGGCCCAGGACCUUCACCAACUGGGACGAGAGCCAGCCCAACGAAAUAAGACAGGCGGAGAACUCGUGCGCUGCCGUCAGCACGAGCGCAGGAACGUGGUGGGAUGUGGACUGCAACACUAAAAACCAUUUCAUCUGUGAAAAGGUCUACUCGCGAAAGAAACAAACGUUCAAGUUGAAGUUCCGGUCUGAGGCCGACAUGAACGACGCCGCCGCCCAGCAGCAGCUUUUGGAGCAGCUGCACGCUCAACUGGAGAAACAUGGUCUAUCAGACUUUAAACUCCGCUGGACCCAGAAGGAUGGGCAGACUUUUCAUAAGGAACCCAAGAAGAAGAAAUCGGAAGGGUCGUGUGGCUGAAGGGCCAUUGAAGAGCGUAUAUCGUCUCAACAGCAUCGCAAUCAUUCUGUUCCAUAUUUGACUUCCAUAUUAAUUUUCUAUGCCAUCAGUGAUAAAAUGGCUUUUGUGUGAUAAUAUGUUUGGUUGCAUGCUGUGUAACACAAUGGAUCAUUUCGCUGUGUUUGAUUUCAUCACCUGCAGUCCGCUGUGAUAGAUCUUUUAUUUUACCUUUUUGCUGUUAAAAUAUACUGAUUUCUGCUUGUAACUUUAGAGUGUGUACCGAGGGUUGAAACCGCUGUCAAAUUACUUAGAAUUUCCUUUUUUCAUAUUCAUAUUUUGUGUUUUUUAUAGUUUGUUGGUGGUGGUGCUGGUGUUGUAACUCUAUCUAGAUAAAUUCAAGUUAAAAUGUAUGGCUUUGCUACUUUUUGUGUACUGAAUUAAUGUUUCUGUGAAUGAGAAGCUUUAUUUUUUUGUAGGGUCUUUGUCAAUUUCAAACUUGCAAUUACUGUU